AUAGGCGCCUUUUCCCAAAGUUGAGGCUGUAGCAUUGCACAGGAAUUAAGAAUGCUUGCCGAGCUAUGGAUGAAUGCUAGUGUUAUCCAUAAACUUGCCCUUACGAGAAAAAUAUUCAUUUGAAUAGGCGUAUCACUUCUAUUUGGCUAUCUGUAUAGGGGACUGCAAGGAAAAACACAUUGUGUAAUGACAUUUGUAAUGCUGGAUUUCUUAUUUUGUAAUCCUAUGCGAUGUAGCUAGCUAGUUGGCUAGCUUGUUUGUUGGCCACCGGCUUUGCGCCAGGAGUAAAGACCAAUCAAUCGCGGGCUGCCUUCACCGCUAGUUUUUGUGUACCGAGUACUGCUGCUGAGGCAAGGGAAAACGCGCAGCGGUCACCGGUGACUGGACCUGGUGGCGUGAGAACAACGUUAGCUAAUGCAGUCAAGUGUAUACAGCAAUUUCCAGUCACCGGUAGUGAAACGAGGUGUUUAAAUUACGCCGCCGAAGGUCGACCCAGAUUAUAAUUAUAGAUAUAUCUUCGUAGCUAGCCGGACAAGUGCUGCGCAAGGAUGUUGCAAGUGCUUGGCUGCGGCGUCGUGGUUUUUCCAGGUCUGUUCUUCCUUUUUCGAAAAGUGCUACCGUCCAUUUACAAACAUUGGACUGAUGCUGACGUUGUUCUUGUUAGUGAGAGGCUGGUGUCCUCUGUCCAUGCCAUCAUGGCCACCACCGCCGGGGCGAUCGUGGUGGCCACAUGCGGAGGCAAUGUGAUCAAUGACCGGCAUUGGCUUGCCACCUAUUUUGUCAUCUGGUAUGGCGUGCCCUACAUGGCGUAUGACAUCUUCGCCAUGUACCUCAGCCACUACUACCGCUUCCGGGUCAAGGGUCACGAGGAGUACAAGAAGCACUCAUGGAGGACGGUCCACUCGUUCGUGCGCCGGGAGUUCCUGCUGGUCCUUCACCACAUCGCCCUGCUGACAGUCCUGCUGCCGGUCACGCUGUUCCUCAGGAAAGACCAGGGAGAUUACUUCAUCGGCUGCCUGUUCCUCACCGAGCUCAGCACUCCGUUUGUGUCUCUGGGAAAGAUACUCAUCCAGCUGGGCCUCCAGGACUGCCAGGUGCACAAGGCUAACGGCGGCAUGGUGUUGUUCACAUUCUUCCUGUGUCGCAUUGCUCUCUUCCCCUACAUGUACUGGGUGUACGGCCAGCACUACGGGCUGCCCCUCUACAGCGUGCCCUUCCACCUCCCCCUCUCCGCCAACCUGGGCAACCUCUGCAUCAUGGCGCCGCAGGUCUACUGGUUCGUCCUGCUGUGCCGAAAGGGCUUCCGCCUCUACAGGCGCUCCCGAAUCCCCGGCCCUCCGGACGCCACCGCCACCGCCGCCGCCGCCGUGGACAGCAGCGCCAAGGGAGACCAGUAAAGCCACACCUCGCACUCCUACCACCACCCACCAACUGACCAACCAACAGCACCGACAACAACAACUAGGGCACCAUUUUACUACUACUGUUACAGUACAGAUAGUGCUGCUACUACUACUACUUUGAUCACUACUACUACUACUACUACUACUACUACUACUGCAAAGACUGGUAGGACUCUUCAGCCCCCUUCAAACCCGUCACUCGCUGUUCAGCCGAGCUCCACAGGAACAGUCUUGGGCAUCAGUUCAUAUGCUUGGCCUCCGAUUGGCUCCUCUCCUGCUUGUUGCCAUGGAACUAAGGGUUAGGGGUGGGCUUGUGGUGGAGAACGCCAGAUGCCUCCCCGCACGAUGGAAACAGGCGGAGCAACAGCACUGGAUGGCACCUCCUCUUUUGUCAGGAGCCACGUCCAGAAGUAACUGUGCACCCCUUGGUAAAAAGAGAACCCCCCCCUCUCCCACACCGGUGAACUACUGAUUGAAGAGUCCGUUUCAGUUUUAGACCAGUGACUUCGGAUAUUGGGUAUUAUUGUGUUUUUGUCUUUUCCGUUGUUAGCCCAAGCCUCUGUUGGGGGAUGUUUACCCUUAUUCUUAACAGAAGAGUGUUUUUGAUGGGAAGAGGAGUGGGUGCACUGAGUCGGUUGGCAAGAGUGUCAUCAUCCCCAUCAUUGGUUCAUUCACUACAUAAACCCAUUAAUGUGAUGUAGUACACAGACAUGGAAUUACACACCACCACACACCUCUAGCUCUUCCUCUUCCUCUUCCUGUCCCCGCCCGUCCACAGCUACCACCCUUCAGCACUCCCCGUCUUCCUCGUUUACAGUCCAAUAGUGUGUGUGUGUAUGUGUGUGUUGUGUGCAUGUAUGCACUGCCCUGCUGUGACUGUUUACACUUCUUAACAAAUUCCUUCCCCGAAACAUAGUGGGGUGGGAAAGAUCGCUCUCUACCUGAUUUAGGUGCUUUGGAUUAAGUAUAGUCAGCUUCCAUUAGGGGGGGGGGGGGCUCUCUUAAAUAGCUGUGCAGCCUCCCGACCACAGGGGGGCGACGUGGUGUCGAACUUCAUGUCUACUUCACGCACAGGUGGCAUGGUCCGUGGGAGUGGGAGAGGGGGAGGGGUGUGGUUACAUGGGAAGGUGUCCAGGUUGGUGUCCCAAAGGCUUCUGGGUGGUGACAGGAGGAGGUGCCAGUGUCGUCAGCACUGGAGUCAGCCGUUCAGGACACGUGAAGAAGCCCCGGGGCAUUUCUAUGAGCAUCGGUUAGAGCAAUAACAUUGGCUUUUUUUUAGGGCAGAAGGGGUAGAUUAACGUUCCCAGCAUGCUAACAGAAGGACUGAACAGCUGCAUGCUGCUCUGCAAAAAACACAAGCGCACAUUUAUAUUUAUAGGAACAGACUAUAUCUGACAAAAGUGAAGGCUCGGCAUUGGCAGCCAGUACCCUGUGCCACUGUCGAAGCUUUUUAGCCUCAAUGGACAUCCGUGUCUCGUUUUGGUCACAGGAUGUCCAGACAGAAAGCGCUCCUCUGCUUUGUCUUCGAUGAGAGAAAAACACCAGCGCUGGCAUGUCACUGUGGCCCAAUCGCUGUCCUCAGAUCUGUUUGAACCAGAGCGGAUUUGUCCCCAAGUUGUCUGUCUUUAUGAGUCUUUUUCCCCCCACUGGUGUAAAAUGUCAAUCGGUAAAAGGUACAAGCAGAACAUGUUAUGUGCUAGAUGUGACCAUACAAUUUGUCCCCGGUUGUUGGAAUGAGGUGCUCACCAUUUUCAUAGCUUGCAUCAGAGUUUGGUGAACCGUGGGUGGGGGACCCAGACUGAAGCCAGGUUUAGCGUUAGCUUUGAACAUUAGCAUGGAAACUCAGUGCACACAUCUUAGAUGCAUCAUUCACAGGGCUCUCAACACAUAGAAUACAACAAUAUAUUUCAUAUGUUUUUAGCAAAUGCGUAUUAUAGUUUUUACUACACCUUUUAUGAAACUUUGAGUAGAUUCCAUGAAUGCUCUCACAAGCUCUUGAAUUUUAAGGUAUUAAAUUGCUCUUAGGAACACAUAUAAGUCUGUUCACUGACGAUAUUUUAAGAUGAUCAUAUGAACAUUAUAUUAAGAAAAACUGGACCUAAAAAGCUGCCUUCAGCUGUAUAUAUGUGUGUGUGUGUGUGUGUGUGUGUGUGUGUGUGUAUUUGUGUGCAUACACAUGCACCAGUGCUUGAAAUCACGUGCAUGUGUGUGCAUUGGUCUGUGUGUGUGUGUGUGUGUGUGUGGGUCUGAGGCCUGGGAAGGCAAGCGGUCAUAGACGUUGCUUUAAGCUUUCCUCUCCAUGUGUGGGUAAAUAUUCCCUAUGAUUUCCUGACCUGUGAACUAUGCACAGACCUCCUGUACGCAAGGCCGUAUCCACAGCAUCCAUAUGUCCCAUUGUCCUUCUGUCCCCGCUACACCUCUCCUCUGAACGCUGUCAGAGUGGACACUACCUUCAGUCCCUCCGCUGAAUAUCUGCUCCUGGUGGUCAACCGCCGGGUGCAUUAGCGGCCCAUUGGCCUCCCUUUUAGUUUAGUUGGUUUGUCUCCUGAGUGGGUAGUCAGUCUGUGUUGGAUCUGCUGUAUGUUCCUCCUCGUCUGUGUCCCCCGUCCUCGGUCCCGUCCCGUCCCGUCCCACUGGCUUCUGUCCAGAGCGCUGCUGCAUUCUGGUACGGUUGAGCUGGGCUGAAUGGGCCCCUCUGAAUGAGUUUACUCUGUACCCUUUUGUCUGGCGCGACAGCGGCGAACCCUCUGGAAACAUUUCCCCCUCGCCCGUAGGCACUCUCAUGCCACCCGUUUCCUCCACCUUUUGUCUGUGGGUUUUAGACAGUGCCCAGUUGGCAGCGAGGUGGGUGUGUGUGUGUGUGUGUGUGUGGGAGAGAUGGCAUUGCCAAGGGACCACGUCUCGCUACGUUGUGGGGUGGGAGGUAGAAACUACAUAAUUUGGGUUUGCUUGGGGCGUUGUACGCCUGUCAAUUUUUGACGGGACAUGUAGUCAGUCGGAGGGUGUUUUCUUUCCAAGGGAAAUAACGAACAGCGGACAAUGACAGGCAGACAUAUUGGCUUCCUCACACAUGCUGAUGCAGUAGGCUUGGGUCUGCUUACCCUCCGAUUCUUUAACGCUGGUGGGUCACAAGCCCACAGUAGUUGGCAUUACUUUCUAGGGGUCAAAGUUCAGCAUGUCAUUUGGAGACUUUGCACCCUGACAGAGUUGCUUCCGAGGAGUGAGAUGUCAUAGCAUGCAAACACAUAUCCAGAUAAUCAUUUUUAUUGUUGUUAGAGUUAUUAAUUUUUUAACAGUAAUAUAUGAAGUCUUAUGUUUAGUCUCACUAGAGGCAUCCUCUCUUUGCUCAGGGUUUGGUGAAGAUGAUGUUAACAUAUGUUUGUUCUCCUAGAGAUUUAUUUUUUGAAAAAAGUUGAAACUGUGAGUUUUAAGAUGAAGAAAAAAAAACAAACCUGAAACCUAAAAUACCUGGAAUGACACUAUAGAUUAUUAUUUGAUUUUUUUUUCCCUCUUCUGCUGUUUCCUCUUGUUUUGGAUGAAAGCAUUCUGACAUGGCUUGUGAUAUUGCAGCCUUUAAGGGUUGGUAGACCAAAGAUUGUCAGGCACUUUAAUCAAUAAUAAUAAUAAUAAAAAAAAAAAGCAAAACAAAAGUGAACAGAAUUUCCAAACGAGGACAACAGCGAAGGAUAUCUUUUACGUUUGUACCAUUUUUUUUUUUUUUUUUUAGUUCGUUUCCCUCCUAUGUGUCCUCUCUGCACAGUCUCAUCACCGCUGCUUCUACGUGCGUCAAACCAGAACUCCCUACAGGAGUCCAAGGUCUUACGUCUUAUCAGAAAGAAAUGGAAUGGCAGCGGUGAAUGGGGACCUGUUGCCCCUGUGCGAUUUGACUACUAGACCUUUUACACAUAUCUAGAUCAGGCUGGAUCCUAUCAUUCCUUGGAGUCGCUUUGGGGCUGCAAGUGAUUCUGCUUUUUGAGGCUGGAUGAAAGAAGAACGCAAUAGCGAAGCUAAACUAUUCAAACAGAGAUACUGGAGACGACCACUUAUACAAAGUUACGCACACAACGUGUCCUGUGUUGUCCAGAUUGGUGCUGAAACUCUGGACAGUGAACCAAAAUUAGAAUCCAGUGCCUUGUGUUAAAUCUCUUCAUAUUACCCACACAAGCGCGGCACAAACCAGAGUGAUUCAGCAGGCAGUGUUUACAGGUUGUAGCUGCGUUUCUAUACUUACUUGAGAUGAGAUUUCUUGGGCAGUUUACUGUGUACCUGCAAAAGAAGACCAUGAUCAGAUCUAUACUUGUUGACAACUUAAAUUGUGUUUACAAGCAUUGGUGCUGAGCACUUUCACUGAUCUUCAUGAAUUGAUCACAUAACUAGAUCAGAUAGUCUAAAAUAUGCUAAAGAAAUCAAUUAUUCACACAAAAUCAUACAUUGGUCAUUAAUAAGGAGUAUGUAAAACUUAGUAGUGUUCCGUGUUCUUUUUUAGUAGUGUUCCGUGUUCUUUGAGUUCCCUUAAGUGCUCAACCACAAUAUGUAUCAGAACAUCUCUACAUGAAGACAUGCAUCGUUACAAUGCUUAUAUUGGCGUGCACAGUGAAUUCCCCUGAAACAUCAGACAAAAGACUUGAACUUAAGCUUCAUCCUAGCAGUCAUGCAUCAUUCUGACCACCUACAGUAGCAGCAGAGCCCCCUCACAGAUAUCACCCGUCACCAACAUCUCUCCACUUUAAAAACAUCCGGUGAAUCAUUUCGGCUUUGAAACAUCUACGUUCAGAAUUAGUUUGCAGUGUUUGAUAUUUGAUUGAUGCUGUUCAAACGAAGGCACAGGCUGUGUCCCAAUUUUGCAGACUGCAUUUAUUUUCUUCCCCAUUCUUAGUUAGUUUCCAAUAAGUCUCAUUGCUUUUGUUGUGUGAUCUAGAAAAAUAAAGACAACUGCUCUCCCAGUCCAGCUUCAGUUCCAGGAGAGUUUCUGUCCAACAUGCCGUGCCAUGCCACGCCACAUUAACUAACAACAUGAGGUGGCAAAAUGGCAAUAGCCGUCAAAUGACGUCCUUAAAAGGGCCAGGUAUUACCAAGAACACGUGCAUUUGUGUUCCAUCGAUGUCAAUUACAUGCAUCUCCGCAGAUGAUGCGAGAGAGAAGGGAUAGAAAGAAGUAGAAGGGAUGGUUGAUGGAAAAACCUUUCCGAAGUUGGGACACAGCCUUCAGUCUGUGUUAAAGUUUUAUGACUUUGGCCCCUUUUUGGUGUCACUUUUCUUGGCUGUGGUUUCUUUUGCACAGCUCAAUCACAACCUUUAACACUCCCUGCCUCCUUAUUUUUGAUAAACGUCUGAUUUUUUUCAUAUAUUUAUAUAUCAAAUUUUGAUAUAUACAUAAAGGAGGGGUUUUCUCUUUUGUUUUGUAGUGUGAUCUUUAGUUUCUCUGAAAGAGACCUGGCUAUUGACUGAAACUAACCUAAACAUUGAGUGAGAGGAAUUUUGUUGCAACUUGUGAAUCCAGACACUGUUAAGAGAAAAAUAAAUCUGAUUGGGUGAAUCCUU